AUGAGGUUGAUCGUCAUCUUCGCCAUCUUCCUGAACCAAUUUCAGGACUUGUGGAACAAGAUUCAACAGCAGCUUUCUGUUAACUUGCUUUCUUCUGGAUCGGCUGCGGUAGCAUACGAGGGAGCAAAUUUUACCGAUGAUGGUGCUUACUUUUUGGUUACCGUUCUCGAGUAUACAUCCGGCGAAGGCUCGGUAUUACGAAGGGUGCGGGAUGGUCUGAGUCUCUGUUCGGAGUUGGCGUCCGAUCUUUACGUCAAGCAAUCCGCCCUUGUUCGUCGCAUUUAUAACGGAUUGUUACCGGUGGCCUCUCGUAGGACUGCUCUCAGCUCUGAGAAUUGUUUCCACAGGGCUGUUACAGAAUAUAGUCACGGGUAUCAUACUCCCGCGGUCAUAUCUUCGUUGCUAGUCUUGGAAUAUUUUAUCUAUAGUCAGACUAAAUCAUUCCUAACAUGUUGUAAACGAAAAGCAGAUGAACCAUUGAUUGUUAAGAGGCACUGA